AUGACAACGUCUGAAGAUGUUCGUACCGUCAUAGUUCCGGUUAGUAGACGAACUCCUCUUCGAAGUGUCUGGGCGUCUAUUGUAGAGGUUCUCACAAAACAACUUAAAUUGAUGGUUUGUUUGAGCACACGCCAGAAGAUAUGGAAAAUUUUUGUCAAAGCUUCUCCCGAAACCAAAGAUCCUCUACAUCUUCAAAAAGGAAUUGAUUUCCUCCAUGCCUAUAUGAAAGGCUUCAAAUAUGAAGAUGCUCUAGCAGUCGUACGUAUCGAUGGAAUAUAUGUUGAAAGCUUUCACAUCAUGGAUGUGAAACAGACCCUGAAGGGCGAUCAUAUGGCUCGGGCCGUUGGUCGCAUUUGUGGAGCCAAAGGUCGGAUACGAUUGUGUGUAGAAAAUGCAACACGAACUCGGAUCAUUGUUGCCGACGAGACAAUUCACAUUCUGGGCAGCAACGAACGGAUCACCGUGGCCCGACGCGCUCUGUGUGACCUGAUUCUCGGUGCACCGCCUAACAAAAUCUUUGGCAAAAUUCGUGCUCACGCGAUCCGGUUGGAUGCGGCGUUGUAG